AUGAAUCUGUUGCUGUUGUCCGUGACAUCAACCCUCCUGUGUAUUGUUGUUAUUUUUGCACUGAAGUAUUUAUCGCUGUUACGCUGGAUAAGUGGACAUGCUUAUGUUCUCAGCAAGAGGAGGGAACAUUUCAGUAUUCUUGAGAUGCUGGAUCUGUUCAAAAAUGUGAAGCCAUUUCCCAUUUCUUGCCAGAAAGGGUGGAAGAUAGACAGUUAUUCCCAUGGUCAUCGCAUUUGGUUUAACUUUCUGACAUUUCCACACAACCUGAAUGCGCCAUCUAUCAAAGUGUAUGCAGUCUUUAACCAAGUCCAGUCAUCUGCACAGGCAUUACUGCAUGUGCUAAAGAACAUCAGCCAGUCCUGUGAGUGGAAGCCUGGUGUGAUCUCUGCCUCCAACACCCACAGUCUGGCAUCACUUGAUGUGCCGGUCAUGGUCCGGGGCAUACCGUCCAUGCCUGUUCAGGUGGACUGUGUCAAGGAGGAACGAUUGUGUUAUUCCAAGCCCAGAUUUGGUUUGCAGAGUAGGGACCCUUGGUUCACUGAGAAUGUUGUGCCAACAGUAUCUCUAGAAUAUAAGAGAUUUUGGCACAGAGAAGACAAUGGAGUAUGUUGGCUGAUACAGAUGAAUGAGACAUUACAGACAUGUGAAUUUUAUCUCAUACAGCCAAUACAAGAGGUGGAUCGGUGCCUUGUUUCUGUUGUGACUUGGUCAAGACUGCAUUCAGCAUCUUGUGUAGAUAAAGCCUCAAUCUUGCUCUCCUCAUUAAUUGAGUACAUUUCCUUGAGAAAGCUUCAGAAAACACCUCUGACCACAAUCACCUUACCUCAGGAUCUCUCUGACAGUGAUGUAGAAUCAAGUGACUCUGGAGAAGGACAUGAGUCUGUAGGCCAGGAUGCACACCUGUUGAACAAAAAUCGCAGUUCUCUUCUGGACAAACAUUCAAACGAUAGCAUCACCAGCAAAAAUAUUCCUUUUGAAAAGCGCAAAAUAGAAUUGGAAAAGUAUUCCUCAAUCCUGAAGUACAGAUGUAAAAAUGGAGGGCCUUCAGCGUCAGCUAGCGCUAGUGAUAUUGGAGCUGCUGCAGCUGCUUCUACAGAUUUUCAGUCUAGAAGUAAUGGUUUCACUCCUCUCUUCAGUGCUAAAAAUCAAGAUGUUGAAAGGACUAAAUCUUCUUUGAGGAGGUCAGUGAGUGAUAACAGUUCUUUGAGACGAAGUAGCAUAACAAGCCGUAAAAGUGACCAGCAAAGUGUUGACAGCGAUGAUAAUGUGGACGGAAGUAUUCCUGAGCAGAGAGUUCCCAGUAGUUAUGACACCAGAGAAGAUAUUUCUGAUGAAGAUUUGGAGAUAGCCCGAUAUAAGACCAUGAAUAACCAUUAUGCAUCAGAACUUCUUGCCGAGACCAUGAAAGCAUCAAAUAUCAAUUUGGAGCUGCCACCAGACAAACAGGCAGAGUCCUCCGGUGGAUGGAUAUUCUCCUCCUUUGACAAAAAUAUUGUUGUCUUAAAGAAAUUGCAAAGGCCGGGAGUCACAGUUCAGAGUUACAUUGGCAAGGGCUUUGUACUAGCCCCACCCAAGGCAGUUUGGGAUGCAGUGAGAAAUCCUCGCACUCGCUUUACAUACGAUGACACCCUUAAAAAAGUGGAUAUUAUAGCAACAAUUGAUAACACGCUUAAGAUAGUGUACCUUUACCAUGAGAGCCAGCAGUUUUUGAUGAAAGAAAACUGUGAUAUGUGUGUCUUGCAUGGGGAAAGACAAGAUGGUCAGAGAUAUAUACUCACCUACUCAAGCAUUGAACAUGACAAGUGUCCAGUGAACCCAAACAUCACCAGAGCUAAAGUGUUACCUAGUGGUUGGAUCAUUGAACCAGCCAAACAAGAUAAAAAGACCUUCUCUAUUGUGACCUAUUUGAUGCAGAUUGAUUUUGGUAGUCAUUCUGACGGCUCAGACAACUUGCCAUUCCAAGACAUGAUCUCCCGCUAUCCUCUCAGCAUCGCUGACCUGCAGCAGUACCUCAAACCAGCAGUUCAGAUGCUACAGCAGAAAUCCUUGUCCUAG